UCUGCAUUAGCCUCCUCCAUGAAAAAGAAAAUAAUAAUAAUAUAUAUAAGCUUUCCUUUUUGUUCUUGAUCUCUCCUCCUCCUUCCAAAUUCCAUUAACCUGAGCUACAUCGAUUUUCUUAGUUCUGUGCUUCAAAGGAUCGUCUUCUAAUCGAUAGAGGGUUAACUAUUCUUUUUUAUGGCAUUUGAAUGCCAAGGAAACACUGAGGUGUCAGAACAGUACAAUUGUGAGAAGAAUUCUAAUUCUAAAGCUAAAAAAAUUUCUAAUCCAACAUUUGAUUGCCAUCCUAAGGAGAGAGUUUCAAUCAUUGAUAGUUCAAAACAGUUGCCUUGUAAUGAGAUUUUGCCCAAUUGUCGCCGGUCAAUCACUGACCUUCCUCCAGCCUUGAUUUCUGAAAUUCUUGAUUGCCUUGACCCUAAGGAGCUUGGUAUAGUUUCAUGUGUGUCGAAGGUUCUUAAUAGGCUUGCAUCUGAGAACCAGGUUUGGAAGGAAGUCUAUUGUGAGAGAUGGGGUCUCCCUUUGGUUCCUGCACCAUUGGGCUUGGGGCUUUCAGAUGAGAAGUCAUGGAAGGAAUUGUUCGUGGAGAGAGAAUUUAGGAGUAGAACUUUCUUAGGUCGUUAUAGCAUUGAUGUUUUGUAUGGUCACACUGAAGCUGUUCGAACGGUUUUCCUUUUGGCUUCUGCCAAGCUUAUUUUUACCUCUGGUUAUGACACGGUUGUGCGAAUGUGGGACAUGGAAGAUGGAUUAUCCAUCGCAUCAUCAAGGCCUCUUGGAUGCACUAUUCGAGCAGUUGCUGCAGAUACAAAGCUCUUGGUUGCUGGUGGUACUGAUGGUUUCAUCCAAGGUUGGAGAGUGGUGGAGGGUCUCCCAUGUUUGUUCAAUCUCAAGGGUUCUGAGGAGCCAAAUAUUGAAUUUAGAAUUUGGGAACAUGAGGGGCCUAUAACUUCUCUUGCCUUGGACCUUAUGAGGAUUUACAGUGGUUCUUGGGACAUGACUGUUCGUGUAUGGGAUCGUUCCUCAUUGAAAUGCUUAAAGGUCUUGAGGCAUAAUGAUUGGGUAUGGAGCCUUACUCCACAUGAUACAACAGUUGCUACCACUUCAGGAUCAGAUGUGUAUGUUUGGGAUACUCAUAGCGGAAAUCUCUUAACUGUCAUUAAUCAUGCUCACGUUGGUAACACUUAUUCUUUGGCGCGAAGCCACACGGGUGACUUCCUUUUUACUGGAGGAGAAGAUGGGGCUAUACAUAUGUUUGAGAUCAUACGUCACAGUCACACAGCUUAUGAUUUUAAGGUUGCAACUUGGGUUCCUCACUCUGGUGCUGUACAUUCAGUUGCAUUUGAGUUUCCUUGGCUUGUUUCAGCUUCUAGUGAUGGGAAGCUGUCACUAAUAGAUGUUAGAAAACUACUAAGGACUAGCAGGCGAUCUUUAGGAAAGAGUGUUUCAAGGGUGAAAAAUGUGGAUUGUAGCAGUGUGGAGCCACCCCAAAGAAUGCUACAUGGAUUUGGGCCGAAUUUAUUUUCAGUGGACAUUGGGGCUGACCGUAUUGUAUGUGGAGGAGAGGAAGGUGUUGUUAGGAUGUGGAACUUCUCACAAGCUUUGGAAAUUGAGCGUAGAGCUCGUGCCCAAAGGGGAAUACGGCUUGAGAGUAGGAUGAGGAGACGCAAACUCCACAUAGAGACGAGCAAGGGUAGUCGAAAUGACCAAUGUUCUGUGGCAGCCAAGAACUCCAUGCACAGCGAUAGGAGUAAUGUCUGGCACAGUAAACGUGGAAUGAGUAGCAAGGUGAAGGCAUAACACCAGGCUAAGAUUACAACAUGCUUCUAGGUUUGUCAAUUCUUAUUACUAUAUGGAUGAUUAUGUAACGAAAUUACACAACAAUGGUUCAGAGCAUGCCAAGUUACUGAUGUAGUUAGUCUUUUCUUUUGCAAUAGCAUUGGAAUUUUAAAGGUUAGUUUAAUUUGAUGGGAUUCAAAGAUUGUUUCUUUCUUAUUGCAAUUGUCAGUUGAUAUUUUCUACUGCAGCUUUCGUUGUUUUUCUUUAAUAUAGAAUUUACCUGUAAGAGUUGUUAGGCUGAUAAAAUAAGAACCACUUCAGCUUUACGAC